UCAACCUUACGACAAAAUCGGAGAAAAAUGUUGAACAAACUGAUGGCCGCCACUGCGGUGGCUCUCCGGAGUGGCAGCCGGCCGUCUCUCAUGGUCACUUGCCGCCAUUCGACCUCCGCAUCCUCCGCCGUCAACUCGUUUCUCCUCCGCUCCCUCAAAGAACACUAUCUCGAGAUCACCAGAAUGCCGGCUCCUCCAAAAGUGAGCCCUCCUUCUUCCUUUUCUAUCAUCACAGGCGCAUUAGACGGCCAUGGACCGGUGCUUACUAAGAACUACGGUAAAGAAGAGGUUAACAUUUCGGUUAUGCGAUUGUCUAAUAUUGUUCGGGGAGGUGGUGGAGACAACGAUGACGAUGACAUUAACCAGUUGUUUCUUCAUGUGAGUGUAUCGAAGCCGGAGCAGAAGGAUACUUUGCAUUUUCUUUGUGGGUUGUAUCCUGAUGCGUUAGGUAUUCAUUCCGUUUCGAUGAGACCGAAAGGCGAAUCUUCGGGGUCGGGGUUUCUCCUUGUUCCGUCCAGCUAUAAUGGUCCUACAUUCGAAGAUCUGGAUGAGAAAAUGCGAGAUAUGUUUCACAAUUAUAUAGAAGAGCGAGGUGUGAAUGAGUCUCUCUUUCCAUUUCUUCAAGCAUGGCUUUAUGUGAAAGAACAUCGAAAUCUUUUGCGAUGGUUCAGAUCAGUUGGCACAUUCAUCUAUGAGCCCAAGAAUGGUAAAAAGGAUUGAUAGUUAAAGCAUUGGAUAGAAAAACUGUUGGUCUGGAUGCUUUGAUUUCGUGGAAUUCAGGGUUCCAUCUUCAAAAUUGGUUAAGGUGUAUAAGGUAAAUGGUCCAUUUCGCUUCCAUUAUACAAUUUUGUAAGCCCUUUAUCUCUUCUUGAUAAGCCAUGGUUUUGUUUUUCAAAUGUGAUUCGAUUAACGUUGAAUUCGAGCACUCAACGUUGCAAUGAUCUUUGUUUGAAACUA